GGCGAGGGAGGAGGGAGGAGGCGGAGCUGUGCCGCUCGGCCCGAGUGAUUUUUGGAUUGAAAACAAUGGGUAGAAAAGAUGCCUCUACAUCAAGGACUCCUGUUGACCAGUACAGGAAACAAAUAGGGAAACAAGAUUAUAAGAAAACCAGGCCUAUGUUAAGAGCUACAAGAUUAAAAGCAGAGGCCAAGAAAACUGCACUAGGCGUAAAGGAAGUUGCCCUUGUCCUUGCAGCUAUACUGGUAUUUUUGUUGGCUUUCUAUGCUUUUUUUUAUCUUAAUGUUUCCAGUGAAGUUGACCUUGAUCUGGACCCAGAUGAAAACUAGCAGAUGCAAUGAAUCUGUCAUCAAGAUUUCUUCAGCUUCAACAAGACUACAUAGAAACACACGGUCCCUUCACUGUAAGACAGUCAACUAUGCCAUUUCUUGCAGUCCAAAUUCAUAAGAAAGUUUUGCAAUACGUCAGUCACAUUCCAGGUCUCCAAAAGAAGAACACUUAUGCCUGGCCAAGUGUAUUUGUCUGACACCAAAGCUAGGAGCAACAGUACAAUACAUGAAGUUUAUUGUUUACAUUAUGUUUUUCUCAGGCAGAGAACUUCGAUGUCAAAAGACAGGUGCUACUAUUAUCAUGGGUAUUGAUGCUGACUUCACAGGAGUGUCUGCCUUGACCAAAUUUAGGAAUCAGAGCUUCCUAAUAACCAAAUUCGUUUCCUGUUCCUUUCUGAAAAGAAAGCAGAAAUACCAAGUAAAAAGUCUUUUCUUCAUUUGUCUUUAUAAUAUAUCAAAACACCCUCAUCCUUUCUCUCCCUUUUAAUCUUCCUUGUGCAUGCAUGUGUGCGCAUGCAUGAAGAUGGAAGAAAUUGUAGGAAAAGACUAUCUUCUUACAAGCAGUCUGUCACCUUCUAUAUGGACUUAAUUUUCUGUCAUUCCAGAUUCUGUGUGCCCAUAUAUCUGCAGUAAUCUUUUUCAUUCUUUUGCCAACUGUUCAGCACACAUGUGUUCUGUUAGAAAUGGCACCUGGAUGACAGAAGCUCUAACAUUCGCAUAUGCUUCUGAAACACAGUUCUUUGCCUCCUGUGCUGUCUGAACUAGUGUAAAUAGAAAGUUUAGUCAAUGUUGGUUUUAAUUAGUGUAUUGGUCUACUAUUAAUAUAAAGUCAAAAUUGUGUUUUAAUUAUGCUCUUCCUGAUGGUUUUGGUAUCAACUUGCUCUACCUAUUAGGGGCAUGUUGUAUAAAAACAUUCCUUUCCAGUUAUACAAUCAUAUUAAUCAUCAAACUAAUGUGAGAGGCUGUAAGUAAUAAGAAAACACUUUUUCUCCUGGCAUACUAAUAACUGGUAAAUCUUGGCUCCAUUACAUCCCUCAGUUCUUGCGAAGUACCUUUCAAAUUAGGCACUGUAGGUAGCAUUUUUGUUCCUUUUGAUAACCAAAAGUCACUUGAAGAAUUUGGUGUGUCAGAGCAGCUGCAGGGAGCUUUAAAAUUCUGGUUUUAUCCUGUUCUGCUUUGAUUUUGGCAUAGAACUGAGCUUGUGGAUGUAAAGACUCAGUUUUAAUCCUCUUAAAAGUGUGGUCAGUCUUUCUCUGACUGAGAUUCAGUUCUGAUUCGGUUUGAUAUCAAGAACAUGUAGAGCCGUUGUUGCUGAAUGUAGCAAGGAAAUUUAGGCAGACUGACUUUCAGAAAAGUUUUCGUAAUUCUGAGGCUUGGUUUUGCCUUUGUCAUAAAUUUCAGAGCUGAAUGUUAGGUUUAAUUGCAACUGAGGUAUUUACUGUCUUGUUCCCGAGAUGGCUGGCUAAGAUUUCUUAUAGUUAUUUUGAAGACAAAGGGAUGCAAAUCACAGCAAAUAUUAUAAUGGAAAAUAUAUUUCUUUUAAAUUGACACAGUCCCAUUAUCACCACUUAAGAAACUUGGAUCAAUACAGUUAAUUUUUAAACCAUACAGUAACAGUAUGACCAUAUACAUUAUGAGUCUCUAAGGAUCCACUUCAUAUGUGUCAUAGUGUUCAUUCACUUUAUGCCAUGCAAAACAAAAAGUCCAGAAAUUCAGAGUACAACAGUCUUCCGAAAAAUAUAUGAAAGAGAAAUGUGUAUAUGCAAAUAUAUCUCAUUUUCUAUGUAUGACUCUUAGAGACACAAAAUCCUAACAUUUAUGUAUGCAUAUGACUUACAGUCCGCUACUAGUCGCACACUUGACCAAGCACCUCGCAACAUGUUGAAUUUAUGGUGAAGCAUUAUCUGACACAUGGCCCAACUUCCAGUGGAGGAAAAAGCAUAUCACAAGCUGUCUCCUUGGAUGUGACAUGCCUUUCACUCUGCCAGCACCCAACCACAUGUCAUAGAAAGCUGCAGGCCUCUCCUGUUGCUUUACAUUAGCAGUUUUCAUGUUCUCUAACAUGCUGGAAGGAUUGCUUCCUUAAUGUCACAUGUAUGGUCUGAGAAAGACUCCCUUCAUGCAGGUCAUCUCAUAACCUGCUCUCUCUGUUGGUUGUGUUAAAAAGCAAGCAAUUCUUACUGUCAAAUUUAUGAAUAAGAAGUUCCUAGAACAGGAAUAUUCCAUUUCCCAUAACUGUAAAUAAGAUCAAAUCUGAAGUGCAUAUAUAUGUGAUUUUAUCAGCUUCCCUGAUGUGUGGCUUAUGAGUCCAUAUUGCCCACAGUUUGCCAUUUGUCUGUUGGCUUUGUUUGGAUUAGGUCUUUUCAUUUGCAUGAAAGAUCAUAGAAUCAUGAAAUCAUUGAAUGGUUUGCAUUAGAAAGGAUGCAAAAGAUAUCUAUUUCCAACACCUCUCUCAUGGGCAGAGGCACUUCUACUAGAGCACAUUGCUCAAAGCACCGUCCUGCUGUCAAACACUCCCAGGGAUGGGGCGUCCACAGCUUCCCUGGGCAACCUGUUGCAGUGCCUCACCACCCACAGAAUGAAUAAUUUUUUCUCAAUGUCUAAUCAAAACUUACUCCCUUUUAGUAUGAAUCAACUCUGUCUCGUGCUGUUACUACAUGCUUUUGUAAAAAGUCAAUCUGUUUGUAGGCUCCCUUCAGGUACUAGAAGGAUAUUCUCAUGUGACAGGAAAAUUUCUUUUUGCUUAGACCGGGUAGACUUCUGUUCAGUGUAUGUAGAAAUACAUGGUAAAUGCUGCAGCAAAUACACAUCUUCUCUUAUCAAUACAAUAAUUCCUAAUGGGACAUGUGGUUUAUUUUGCCCUUAAUUAUAUCUGAGAUUGAAAUAUGCCUUUUGGAUUUUGGACCAUCUAUCUUUGUAUGAGUUGCUCGGUGUCUAUUUUAUUAAUAAAUGAUUUUUUUUUCUAUUUUGGUUCUCUUAUUAGUGUUGAACACACUGAUUUAUGUAUACAUUUGAAAGGACAUUAAUCUAAACAGCAAAAUGAUCAAAAGUAAGCACUGAUGUCAGUUUUAGAAUAUCUGGAUAACUUUAGGCUGUUCUAGCCACUAAACUCAUAUAAAACUAAAUGUGGCCUAUGAAUACUUAAGAGACAAUGGAGAGAACUUCCUUUGGCAUCCUACCCAAUACUGAUAGAGAGAUCUCCUUCUGAGAAGGAGUUUAUCCACGCAGCUCUAUCACUUGAGUUGUACGAGACUUUUUUAUUAUAAAAGUUUAUAUGCUUGUUUCAAAGAAGGAUUAGUGAUCAAAUAAUUUACAUGGCAAAUGUGGCUUAAUGAGUUUUUUCAAAGAUAUUCACCUGAAGGAAAACAUAGACAUCAGUAGUUGCCCUCUACUCCUGGAGUAAACUGAAUUUCUUUCUAGCAGAGGUUGUGGAGGAGAUGCCUGUACUGGGUCCUUGUGCUGUGGGUAGGAGCAGAUGUCCUGUCUGGAAGAAUCUCUGGCUAGGAAGGCAUAACAGUCUUCCACAAGUGAUUUUGCUCAGCACAUCUUCCGAGGUGGUUUUCCUUUUCUCUUUGAUUCUUCAGAAGCAGAACCAGCAUGUAGACCAUCUCAGGACUGAAGCCACAGUCUAGUAUUUUUAGUGGUGCUUCUAGUGAACAUUGUCAAGGAAAGGCUCUAGGCUCUACUACCUAGAGUCCAUAAACAUAUUUUACUGGAAGCUUAGGAGGCACGUUAAGCAUUUCCCUAAUAGACCCUAGAGAUACAUUUAAACUUUUCUUGAAUGCUGUAGUUGAAGUUCACUGUUGCAUAUGAUAUAGACACCAUGUGAUUCAGAAUCAGCUCCUUCCAUGCAUCAGACCAGCUGUAGCUGGUCUGGAGCAGGACUUGUAGACUGGGAGAUUGUGCUGCAACACAUAACUGCAAAUAGCUUCAACAUGAGCAAACUCUUCUGUUUACUUAGA